UUGGCGGGCAGCAGCCCCUGGGUUACUUUGAGUUAGGGUCGCUGCUUUUGGUGUAGAAGACGGGAACCGCCUGUGUGCCGACAUUUCGGAGAAGUGGUCGGGGUUGCGAACAGUCAAGUGGAAGAGAAGGAGGUGACUUGUACAAAGAAAGACUGACAGUAAGGAUAAAUAUUUGGAUUAUGGCAAGAUGAGCUUCCUGUUGCCCAAGCUAACUAGCAAAAAAGAAGUAGACCAAGCAAUAAAAAGUACUGCAGAGAAGGUAUUGGUUCUCCGAUUUGGGAGAGAUGAGGAUCCAGUCUGUCUGCAGCUAGAUGAUAUUCUUUCUAAGACAUCUUCUGACCUGAGUAAAAUGGCUGCUAUAUAUCUGGUAGAUGUGGACCAAACUCCCGUUUACACGCACUAUUUUGACAUCAGUUAUAUUCCAUCUACUGUGUUCUUCUUCAAUGGGCAGCACAUGAAAGUGGAUUAUGGGUCUCCCGAUCACACUAAGUUUGUGGGAAGUUUCAAAACCAAGCAAGACUUCAUAGAUUUGGUUGAAGUAAUUUAUCGAGGAGCAAUGAGGGGAAAGCUUAUUGUCCAAAGUCCUAUUGAUCCCAAGAAUAUUCCCAAAUAUGACCUUCUCUAUCAAGACAUUUAACGCAUUCAUGACUAUCAAAGCUGAAGAAAAAAGCACAUCUUGAAACAGUACCUGAACCCAGCUGUGCCGUUUUCCUGGAGUCCUUCGGACAUGUGUUCAGCAUCCCAGCAGAGAAGAGUGCUGACUUGGGUAGAAAAUACCCCACCCUCAAGUAGAAGACCACGCUGGCACUGCGAUGGGCAGAGAUGCUUAAAUGUCUAUUCCCUGCAAACCCCAGAGCAGUCAAGACCACCGGGGUCAAUUUCCCCAGCGUGAUUUUUUUUUUAAUUUUUAUUGUGCUUCUCUUUAUUCCUUAAGAUG